AUGUAUUGCUCCAAUCAGACUAGCGUCAUUACGAAAAAUGUCCAACAUGAAUCGAGUCAGUACGGCCAUUAUGAUGAUCAGCGAUCAUCCAUAUCGUAUUCCUCACCAGCAUCGCCAUCCGCCUCAUCAUCCUCAUCCUCAUGCACAUCAUCGUCAUCAAUAUUAUCGACAACAUUCGAACAGUGUCCAGACAUGUCUCUAAUGACCACCACCUAUGAUGCCAACAAACGAAAAAGACAACCGAUACCGGUGCCCAGCGAAAACAAAGACGAUGCAUAUUGGGAACGUCGUCGACGUAAUAAUGAAUCAGCGAAACGAUCACGAGAAAGUCGCCGACGCAAAGAAAUGCAAACAACCAUAAGCAUCAUGGUUCUGAAACAGGAAAAUGUGAAACUAAGAGCCGAAGUGAAUUUCCUGAGAGAAGAAUUGAAUCGUGUUCGUCGCAAUGAUUUGCUACAGUAUUUCAUGCUCAAUCAUAAAAGCGCCCAAUCAUAAUAUUUUUACUCAAUAAAAUUGACACCCUUCAUCAAAUCCAA